GCGCUGCACUUCCGGUGGAGACGUGGCUCUGUACUGCUGCCAUCUUGACGCUAGGCUAGCGAACAAGCAUACAUCCUCAAGUGAGCUGGACCGUCGUCCCUUGCCUAUUUGGAGUGGGUAAACUAACCGAAGCAAAAAGAGACAAGAAACUGAAGGCCUUCAUUAUAUAACUAGAGGAACAAAAAUGGUGCUGUUGGCAGCGGCGGUGUGCACCAAGGCUGGCAAGGCCAUUGUUUCGCGACAGUUUGUCGAUAUGACACGGACACGAAUUGAAGGUCUCCUUGCCGCAUUCCCAAAACUGAUGAACACAGGGAAGCAGCAUACCUUUGUGGAAACAGACAGUGUCCGUUAUGUUUACCAGCCGCUGGAGAAGCUCUACAUGGUCCUCAUCACCACCAAGAACAGCAACAUCCUUGAAGACCUUGAGACACUAAGGCUCUUUUCUCGUGUGAUCCCAGAAUACUGCCGUGUGCUGGAGGAGAGUGAAAUUUCAGAGCACUGUUUUGACCUGAUCUUUGCCUUUGAUGAGAUUGUGGCUUUAGGCUACAGAGAGAAUGUCAACCUGGCUCAAAUCCGCACCUUCACAGAGAUGGACUCUCACGAGGAGAAGGUCUUCCGUGCUGUCAGAGAGACCCAGGAAAGAGAGGCCAAGGCUGAGAUGAGGAGGAAGGCCAAGGAGCUGCAACAGGCUAGAAGGGAUGCUGAGCGCUCUGGCAAGAAGGGACCAGCUUUUGGUGGCUUUGGCAGUGGUGGCAUGACCAGCAUCUCCUCAGGAUCUAUCAUCACGGAAACCAUCGUAGAGCCUGAAAAGCCCAAGAUCACACCAGCUCCAGUCAGACCAAGUGGACCAAGUAAGGCGCUGAAGCUGGGUGCUAAAGGGAAAGAAGUGGACAACUUUGUUGACAAGCUGAAGUCGGAGGGUGAAACUAUCAUGCCGUCCUCUGGGAAGAGAGGCUCAGAUGUUUCUAAAGCUCUGCCACCACCAGUGAAUGUAGAGAGUGUACAUCUGCGUGUAGAGGAGAAGAUCUCGCUCACUUGCGGUCGUGACGGUGGGCUGCAGAACAUGGAGGUGCUGGGCAUGGUCACGCUGCGAGUCACAGAUGACAAGAAUGGACGCAUCCGUCUGGUUCUCCUCAAUAAUGACACCAAAGGAUUACAGCUACAAACACAUCCCAAUGUGGACAAGAAGUUGUUCACUGCUGACUCAGUGAUUGGCCUGAAGAACCCCGAGAAGUCCUUCCCUCUCAACAACGACGUCGGUGUGCUAAAAUGGAGACUACAGACCACAGACGAGUCACUCAUACCUUUAACUAUAAACUGCUGGCCUUCAGAGAGUGGUAACGGCUGUGAUGUCAACAUUGAAUACGAGCUGCAGGAGGAGAGUCUGGAACUCAAUGACGUGGUCAUUACCAUACCAGUGCCAUCCGGUGUGGGUGCUCCCGUGAUUGGAGAUCUGGAUGGAGAGUACAAGCACGACAGCAGGCGAAACAUCCUAGAGUGGUGCCUACCUGUCAUUGAUGCCAACAACAAGACCGGCAGCCUGGAGUUCAGCAUUAGCGGACAGCCCAGUGACUUCUUCCCCGUGAAUGUGUCCUUUGUGUCCAAACGCAACUACUGUGACAUCCAGGUUGCCAAAGUGACUCACGUAGAUGGAGACAGCUCCGUUAGAUUCUCUUCAGAGACCUCCUUUGUUGUCGACAAAUACGAAAUCCUGUAAGAAUAUUUCAAGAAAAAGAAAAUGGCCCAAGAAAAAUAGUCCAAGUCUGUGCUCCAGAGAACGCUUGACAAUUCCUUGCUUGCCCACCCUGUAUACUAUUACACAGACUGUGUACAUCAACAGGACUCCAUCAUCCCUCUGCCAAAUGCCCCUCCAAGUGCUGGGGCAGAGCUGCAGUGGUGUAUUUAUGUUUGUAAGAGCGGAUGGCUCAUCUGUAGCGUUAAUAGAAAUUUCCCAACUACAGCGAUACUGUUGCCGACCUGCACAGAGGCCGACGGAAAAUGGUUGCAGGGCAGGCCGCUAGUCACAUCAUGGUCAGUUUAUCAGUAUGACGCUGGGACGAGCUCUUGGGGGAACCUGAGAAAACGAGGCAAUUGUAUCAGCCUUCGCUCAAAUUGGCCCAAUUACUUAACAUUCAUCCUCCACAAUCGUGCGUCUUCCCUCUCAAUGUUGCAUUGCAAUAGUUUGAUAUGGCUGAUUUGGGGUUCUCGCUUUCUGUUUCUGAUUUUCUUAAUAACUGCAGAGUUCUAUUUGUAUCUGUCAUGAUAAGCAAUCAAUCGAGUGUUGUUCUCGCCAAUAUCUCACUUUUGUUGUUGUGAGGACACUUUAGUAGAAAGGUUACAGAUUGGACCUCUGUUCAAAAACAAUUACUCAAUAUAAAUUGUAUGUUCUAUCUGCAGUCAUCUUCAUUAAUCUUAUUGCAAUGUGUCCUUUUUAUUUUUAACAUUUUUGUUGCUUUUGGCUGUAUAAUUUGUCACCAUUUUCCUUCAUAUGGCAUUGAAGUUUGACAUGGAAGAGCAGAACCCCCCCAUCAGUGAAUAUAUUUGGUUAUUUCAACUGAUAUUUUUAUAACACCCUUGUAUCCCCUCUUCACACAAAAGUAAGCUGUGUUUCAGUUAUGGCAAUUAAAUAAUAGUGAGAUGUACCUUCAACAUGGGCCACAAACAAUGAUGCUCUUAAUGCAACACCACCCCUCCCUUACAAAAGAAAAAGGAAACCUACCAUAGAGCAUAGUUGAUAUUGGGCCCGUUACAUCCAUGCGCAAACACCCUUGUUUGUCAAUUUAUGAUAUAUAUAUUUUUUUUGAUAACUAGGACUAAAUCAAGAUUGAUUCAAAGGGAGAAUGUCUUGUUUAUUUUUCACUUGGACUCCCCAAAUGUCAAUUUGGUAACAGUUGUGUGGAUUUGUUGGAGUUGGAAAUGACUAAAUCAAGCAUUUUUCACUAAAUUUCUGAAGGGGAAUCGUAACAUUCCAUUGUAAAAUUAGGGGGGAAACAAUCUUUAAUGUAAUAAAAUGUAUUCUUGAAAAGUA